GCGCACAGAGAGCAGUGUUGUUCACAGGGAGCAGACAGCAUGAUUGCACACACAUCUCUGCUUCUGGUUCUGGUUCUGAUGCCCGUGGUUUGGGCUCAGCCGUUCCCCAUACCACCGACCUGUUACACUAAAGUGCUGAACAUGGGUAAAGAGAUCACUCAAAAAGCGGCGGAAAUGAAAAAAGACCACGACACUUUUAGAUGUGCAGCUCACCUGCCCGACCUGUACAUCGACAUUCAUAACGCUUGUGUAAUGUCCACGAUGAACACUUACCUGUCUCUGCUGGGCGGCAUGAGAGAACGCCGAUGUUCGUACAACAGGAAAGUGCAAAGCCUAUCUUCUAUGAUUAGACAACUCUAUAUCAUUAUAUCACAAAAAUGUCAUGGGGACUUGGUUUUUACCUAUGAUAACUGUGAAGCAUUACAGCGCAGAGGAUUGAGAGGCUGAAAUCACUGGAGGGAGUUUGGAGGAUGAUUGUACAAAGAUUAUAAAGAGCCCAUUACUCAUCGUGGUAACAGAUGUUAUUCAUAAUCAGCAGUUUUGAAAAGCAUUUAUACCAUUUCAACUUUUUUUUUUUUUUUUAUUGUUUAAAAGAUUUAAAAGAAAUAAAAAGUAAAACUUUUCUUACAUCCAAACGUUCACAUCAUAAUCAUGAUUUCAGGUUUUUCAAAAAAUUGUUUUCAAUGUUUUAAUGUUUUUAUCACAUGGUAAUAAAAUAGCAUCUUGUACAUCGGCAGAGCUGGUAGUGAUCUGGAUUACAUAAUCACAUUACAAAUACUGAUUACUUGUAAUUAGAUUAUAUUACAUUUUAAAAUGCUUGUAAUCAGACUGCAGUUACUUUUUUAUUGACUACAUGAUUACAUAUUAUUCACAAUUAAUUCAUAAUUUAUUGAGUCUCCCCAAUUCUUCUUUUUCAUGUUUUACAUUUUCCUUUCUAAAAAAGCAUAUCGCUUAUAUACAUUCAGAAAGUCUUGUCGUUUUGUGAAAGUGCACACACAGAUUUUAAAAUGUUUUAUUUUGAUUUUAAGUUUUUAUGUUUUAAUUAAUAGUUUUUCAUUAAACUCCUGCAGCUCCAUCACUAACCCCAGUCAAUGAAACCCUGACGAAAUGUGAUGUUUAAUGCACUUCAAAAGUAAUCUAGUUAGGUCAAAAGUAAUCCAAAAGUAAUCUAGUUAGGUCAAAAGUAAUCCAAAAGUAAUCUAGUCAGUAAUCUAGUUAGGUCAAAAGUAAUCCAAAAGUAAUCUAGUUAGGUCAAAAGUAAUCCAAAAGUAAUCUAGUCAGUAAUCUAGUUAGGUCAAAAGUAAUCCAAAAGUAAUCUAAAAGUAAUCUAGUUAGUAAUCUAGUUAGGUCAAAAGUAAUCCAAAAUUAAUCUAGUUAGGUCAAAAUUAAUCCAAAAGUAAUCUAAAAGUAAUCUAGUUAGUAAUCUAGUCAGUAAUCUAGUCAGGUCAAAAGUAAUCUAAAAGUAAUCUAGUCAGUAAUCUAGUCAGGUCAAAAGUAAUCCAAAAUUAAUCUAGUUAGGUCAAAAUGAAUCCAAAAGUAAUCUAGUUAGUAAUCUAGUUAGUAAUCUAGUUAGGUCAAAAGUAAUCCAAAAGUAAUCUAAAAGUAAUCUAGUUAGGUCAAAAUUAAUCCCAAAGUAAUCCAAAAGUAAUCUAAAAGUAAUCUAGUCAGUAAUCUAGUCAGGUCAAAAGUAAUCCAAAAUUAAUCUAGUUAGGUCAAAAUGAAUCCAAAAGUAAUCUAAAAGUAAUCUAGUUAGUAAUCUAGUUAGUAAUCUAGUUAGGUCAAAAGUAAUCCAAAAGUAAUCUAAAAGUAAUCUAGUUAGGUCAAAAUUAAUCCCAAAGUAAUCUAAAAGUAAUCUAGUCAGUAAUCUAGUUGGGUCAAAAGUAAUCCAAAAGUAAUCUAAAAGUAAUCUAGUUAGGUCAAACGUAAUCCAAAAGUAAUCUAGUUAGGUCAAAAGUAAUCUAAAAGUAGUCAGAUUAUAUUACCUUAAUUGUGUAAUGUAAUGGAUUACUUUACUAAGUACAAUUUUUGUCAUGACACUGACUUUGAUUUGAUGAACAAAAUAUUUUUCAAAUAUAAUAAGACUUCAGAUGCAAAAGCUUCUAAGUGCCGUCUGAAAUUUUCUUCUAAAAUGAGCAUUUUUAUCAA